AUGCCGGAUCGAACCCUCCCUGUCGAGCUCAUGGCGAUCGUCAUCCACCAUCUUGGUGUGAAAGGGCUCCGUACCCUGGGCACCGGCGGAUUUCUUGUCUGCAAGGACUGGUGCUACCUGGCAGAGGAAGUCUUUUACGAGAAGAUUCUGAUUUCUCCAUCGGCACUACUCAAAAUGCCAGACAGCGCCGUCAAGAGAGUACAGCAACAUACCAAAUGGCUCGGGAUCGAAGCGGAGGUCACAGGGGAUAAAAUAGCAGACAGCCACAAUGAGGUCGAUGGGUCCACGAUACCAGGCCUAGCUCACUGCCUCAACCAGCUCAGCACUCUUCUCGCUGGAUGCAAGAAACUGAAAUUCCUCUCUAUUCGUCUCGGGGGGAAGAUGCUGCCGUGCGAUAUGUGCGACAACCUGCUUGCCUGGUCCCAGCCCAAAUUCAUUAACGCGAUCGUGACCUCGUCGCUCCAAAGACUCGAAAUUGACACUCUGGGAAGCCGUAUCAACCCCGGCAAGGGCUUCUGCCGAACACUCUCGACUCUUAUUCCCAAGCUUCGUUAUGUGUCCCUGAAGCUCCAGUGGGUCUGUCUUGAACUCUUUGGAUGGGUUGGUAUGCCCGUCCAAGACAUACGCAAAGUCAAACUCCGGCAAUUUAUUCUCAGCCUGGUGGGGACCGGCAAUGGACUUGGGGCUGGAGUGAACAGUUGUAUCUGUGGCACUGAGCCCAUAAGAUGUGGCUGUGGCGGUACCCAUACAAUGAUAUGCAACCACGUCUCGCAGUCUAUCGAAGUCAAGGCCAUAAUGGCUGUCCUCCGAAUGCCUACGAUCAAACACAUGUGGAUUGUGUACCCCUGGAUGUGUCAGAUGGUCAGAGCACAUGAAGUGAGGGAGGAUUUCUACAGACAGUAUGAGAGCUCUCGAGUUAGGGCUAGCGGAUUUGAUAUUACGCACUACCGCUGGGAGCAGCACGACCUGUUUGCCGAUAAAGAUGGCUUUCUGACAUCCGGAGGAAACUAUUACGACGACGACGAAGCGCCCGAAGACUGCGACGAUGUGAUUCUCUACCACGACCCCAUUCCGGCAAUCGCCAACUCAUUUGAGUCACCCGACUAUUUCUCCGAUGGCGAUAUACCUGAAUCUGGGACUUCGUGGUACCGUGAUCUUGAAGAAUUUGAGAAGCCUUGA